UUCAGUGUCGCCGCCGUCGCCGGAGCCGGGGAGUCGGUAAACGCACGCUGCUAGUGGAGCACAUUCAAGAUUCAGCCCGCAUCGGUCACGCCGCCGCCGCCGCCGCCGCCACCGCCAGAAUAUUCAAAUAUUUGCAUCGUCGUCCCCGAAGUGCAACGGAGAACCGGUAUUGGCGUCCACGUGCAUUACGCCGGUCGUUCAUCUGUUGAUUACUCACACUACUCGGUAUUCCGACGCGCACCUGUACAACCAGCGAACUUGAACUAGGCCCGCCGUGCAGUAAAGGUGUUGAGUUUUAACGAGUAUAUUGUAAUCAAAUUAUGACAUCGAGGUGAACAGUUUUGUGAAACAGAAAUUAUAUCCCGCGGCACGAUGGAUUGCGGAGUCACCGGGAAUAAUAAUUUACAGCCAAUAAUUACAGAAUGUAAACUUUACAAAAGACGAUGGCUAAUGUUGGUGCUAUUUGUUCUCUGUUCGAUGAUCAGCGCUGUACAAUGGAUACAGUACAGCAUCAUAUCUAACGUGAUUAUGAAAUUUUAUAAAGUGUCAAGUUUUACAGUCGACUUCACAUCCAUUGUAUACAUGGUCACCUACAUACCACUCAUAUUCCCAGCAUCAUGGAUACUAGAAAAAAAGGGUCUUCGUGUGGCUAUGGUAGCCGGCUCAUUCGGCACGAUGAUCGGUGCCUGGUUUAAAGUCGCAUCUUCCAGCCCAGAUAGAUUUUAUAUGACCAUGUUAGGUCAAACAAUUGUGGCUAGUUCGCAAGUGUUCAUAUUGAACUUGCCAGCACGCCUGGCAGCAGUGUGGUUUGGCCCAUCUGAAGUAUCUACAGCGUGUUCAAUUGGAGUGUUUGGAAAUCAGUUUGGUAUAGCUCUGGGCUUCUUAAUACCACCAUUACUGGUUCAAGACAGCGAUGAUUUGUACGAUAUAUCCUCGGGCUUGUCAAAAAUGUAUUACGCCACGGCAAUAACUUCAACAUUAGUGUUUUUAUUAAUAUGUCUUUUCGUCAAGUCAUCCCCUCCAUUACCACCAAGUUUGGCACAAGCAAAUCAAAGAUCGACCUAUAACAACGACCCAAGAAACUUCAUUAAAUCUUUGUGGAGACUGAUAUAUAACUAUGGAUUCCUUUUAUUAUUACUGUCAUACGGCAUGAACGUCGGUUCGUCUUAUGCUAUUUCCACCCUGCUCAACCAAGUUAUAUUAGCACAUUUUCCUGACAACGCUGUAGACGUGGGCAGGAUAGGUCUAUCGAUCGUUCUUUCAGGAAUGUUGGGUUCAGUAGUGUCUGGUUUUGUUUUGGAUCGAACUCAUCUUUUUAAAGAAACGACUUUGGUGGUGUAUGGUUGUUCAUUAAUUGGUAUGCUAGUCUACACAUAUACAUUGUUUUGCGGGUACAUAUCAGUUGUGUAUCUGUCAGCAAUCUUACUUGGGUUUUUUAUGAACGGUUAUUUAGCAAUCGGAUACGAAUUAGCGGCCGAACUGACCUACCCAGAGUCCGAAGGAACAUCGAGUGGAAUGUUAAAUGCAGUGGUGCAAGUAUUUGGCAUAAUUUUCACAAUGGUUUAUGGAUGGAUAUUUAAUGCAGUUGGAGACAAGAGAGCCAAUUUAUUUUUGUCGGCAACGCUCAUCGUAGGAACAUUUCUAACGGCCAUGAUACCAUCUGACUUGCGGCGACAAGCGGCUCAAGAAAAGAAAUCUUUAGUUAAUUAAAUAAUGAUAAUUUUACAAUCAUAAGUAAUGUAUAAUUGGCUCAAUUAUUUGUAAUUUAUUAACACCAUACCAAUUUAUUAUAAUUUAUAAAGUAUUUAAGUAUGUUAUAUUGAUAUAUUUUAAAGAUCUUAUGAUAUUCCAUUUUCGCCUAGAAAGGAAUUAAAGUUUAAACCUAUAAAAAUUCCGUAUUUUAGUAAA